GGCAUCAAGGAGUUCAAUGAUGAGUUCUGUCGGAGGCUGCUUGAGAAUGAGCAGCCAACACCCAGAGAUUCUCUAUUCAGCGACGACCAGUUUCAGGACACGAUGGACCUAAUUCAAGACCGCAACGAAGCUAUGAUCAACGAAACGAUUUCGCAGCUUAUGUUUCCAAAUGUCGAAGUCAUGGCUAUUCGAGACGCAAAGUUCAGCCCCUUUGUCCAAAGCGUUGCCGAAGGAUGGAACAGCUGCAAAAAAAUCACUCAAACCCGCCCUCAACCAGACUCAGCCGUAGGAUUCAAAGUAUCCGCAUUUUCAGCCGAGCAACUCGAAAAGCUGCAGCCCUUCCUUGGAGACUUGGAUGAAAAAUCCUAUUUUAGAGCUACAUAUUAUAUGCUCUUCCCAUUCAUAACACGCGAAGUGAACCGUGGAAAUAUUGGACUUGAUAUUGCGGAUCGGCAGAACGCUCAUAGUCACACCGUCGCUUUACGAGGCCUGGUUGCACUCUUCAGGCUUUUCGGGAGAGAACACGAACUUCAUGGAAAAAUUUUGACUUACUCUAUAUCUCAUGAUCACCGCAUGGCUAGAUUGUACGGUCACCGAGCGAUAAUCGAAGGCCAAAAUACACUAUGUUGGCGAGAAGAGAUUGAUGCGUUCGACUUCAGAACUCGCAAGGGUAGGGAUAGAUGGAAAUGCCGUCAAUUUUACCUGAACGCCCUGGAU